AAGAGAGAGAGAGAGAUAGUGAAUGAGAAACAGAAAGAUUUAGAGAGGGGAAGGAGACACUGGUUGCUCACACACACUCCAGCUCUCCACACAGCCUCACUUAUGUGUGGCUCCUCUCAAGGCUUCACAGCCUCGUCCUCUGAGUGCAGCACAGUCAUGUUAACCUUAGAAGGGUCACCGCAGAGCACAGGCGGGGUCGCGGCGGCGGCGGCGACCCCAGACAUGACAUCAUGGAGCGAGGCGGACUUCGAGGAUAAGUGCACGUACAUAGUGAAGGACCAGCCUUUGGAUGAAGAGUCCCCAAAGAGCGGCAGGACGCGAGCGGCGAGAUCCUUGCCCAGGAACUUGGCCCUGAAACGCCGCCUGGACUCAGCACAGGUGCUUGGUGUGACGAGCAAGGAGUUGAUUCCAAAGGGAACCCGCUUUGGACCUCUGAUAGGGGCAAUGUACACCAACGAAACACUGCUGAAAGACGCCGAUAGAAAGUAUUUCUGGAGGGUCUUCUGCGAGGGCACCUUGCACCACAUCCUGGAUGGUUUGAAUGAGGAGCAGAGCAACUGGAUGCGAUACGUGAACCCGGCCUGCAACGUAGAGGAGCAGAACCUGGUGGCGUGCCAGAGUGGUCUGGACAUCUACUUCUACACUAUCAGGCCCCUUCAGGCUGGCCAGGAGCUGCUGGUGUGGUACUGCUCGGAAUUGGCCCAACGCUGUAACUACCCUCCCCUCGGACAGCUCGCGAUGGACUGCGCAGAGCAUCGCUUAACUCAGAAGAAGACAACCACAAAACGAGGACACAGUGUGACUGAGAUCCUUCGAGAAGAGCCCAAAUCCCAGUCGAGCCUCCCCCAACAAAUGGAAGGUUCUUUAUCAGUUUUUCCCAUCGUCUACCCAAUUCAGCCCCAUUCUGAAUCUCUCCAAAGAUAUGCCCCCUUGCCCCCUCUGCCACCAUGCAGUCCUCCAGCUGCCAAAAGACCAGCUUUAAGUAGCCACGUCCCUUCUGGUUUACACUUCAGCUUUCAGCACAGUACAAGCCAUGUUCUAGGGAAGCCUUACCGAGAAGCCUCUGUGCCAAAUCAGGUUUAUCCUGCUCUGAGACACGCUUCCUACCUACUGCCUCAGUACUCAACUGACAGCAUUGUACCUCAUCCCUACCUGUCUUAUGUUGAUCGACUAAAACCUUACCUGACACUGUCCACUCAUCUACUGCCUUUGGAUGGCUAUGCACAUCUCCUCCAUCCUCAGGCCGGUGGGCACAAUAACUCCACUCUUGCACCAUCAAAUACCAAAGAAGACCUCAGUGCAUCACCGACUUGUCAGACCAAAAAACAUAAGAACCAUGUACCCAAAAACUACCUCAAAACUCCUUCCAAGCAUCCUGGAGAUACAGACCUCCCUUUAUCAUGUUAUGCCAGCACCACGUCCAUGGUCACCUCCCUUUGCAGAGCCCAACCCUCAGUUUCUCCCGGGGGAUGCUCCCCUCCGUUGGGUACAGCAGCCUCCAUGGACCAAGACCCUUCAAAACCCACCGCCGCCAUGCAAAGUAUCACAGAAGACACAAUGGACCUCAGGAACACCAAACACGCAGAGCAUGUUAUCGGCUACAAGACCUUGUCGUAUCCACUCACCAGGCAGAAUGGAAAGAUCCGGUACGAGUGUAAUGUCUGCAGGAAAGUCUUUGGGCAACUGUCAAACCUUAAGGUUCACCUGAGAGUGCACAGUGGAGAGCGUCCUUUCAGGUGUCAAACCUGCAACAAAAAUUUCACCCAGUUGGCACACCUGCAGAAACACUAUCUGGUGCACACUGGAGAGAAACCCUACGAGUGCAAGGUGUGCCACAAGCGCUUCAGCAGCACCAGCAACCUGAAGACACACCAAAGAUUACACUCUGGUGAGAGGCCAUACCAGUGCAAGCUAUGUUCCGCCCGCUUCACUCAAUUUAUCCACCUGAAGCUGCACAAACGCCUUCACACCGGAGAACGUCCGCACAGGUGCCCCUACUGCCCGUGUGCUUAUUUCCACCGGUGCAGCCUUCAAGUCCACCUCCAGGGCUUCUGCGCUCUUUCCGCCUCCGCCUCUCAGGGGCCCUCCCCAGAGGAGCUCCACAGAGUCAACUCGGAGAUCGAGAGGUUUGACGUGAGCGAAGCGGCAGAGCAACUGGAGGCCGUGACGGCGGAGGCAAAGCUGGACAAGAAGGACGUGCUUGAUCUCAUUCAAAGGAUAGACAGUCGCAUCCCCGGCCGACAGGAUAGUGCUUUUAAAUUCUUUGAAUCGGCCAAGAAAGGGUUGCUUCUUCUACCACCUCUACCUCUGCAUCCGAGCAGCAUCAAAGUGGAGUCAGGCUGCAUGUCAGAGCCCAAAGACAACCUUGCUAAUCCAGCCGUAUAAUCCUUACAGGUCAAGUCAGCAGCUGUCUGGCACUGUCCUAUUUGAGAUAAAGCCUCAUCUCUAAACGACUGUUGCAUCUGAAGAACCAAGUGUUGGCCUCGGAGCGCUGACACGUGCUGAUUUAAUGUAUAAAAUGUUGCUAAUUUAUUACAUCGCUCAUAUGUAAAAUUGGGGGGAAAAAGUAUUUAGUCAGCCACCGAUUGUGCAAGAUCUCCCACUUAAAAUGAUGACAGAGGUCUGUAAUCUUCAUCAUAGGUACACUUCAACUGUGAGAGACAGAAUGUGAAUAAAAAAAACAGGAUUUUUUAAGAAUUUACUUGUAAAUUAUGGUGGAAAAUAAGUAUUUGGUCAACCAUUCAAAGCUCUCACUGAUGGAAGGAGGUUUUGGCUCAAAAUCUCAUAAAAAGCGGCCCCAUUCAUUCUUUCCUUAACACAAAUCCAUCGUCCCAUUCCCUUAGAAGAAAAACAACCCCAAAGCAUGAUGUUUCCACCCCCAUGCUUCACAGUAGGUGUGGUGUUCUUGGGAUGCAACUCAGUAUUCUUCUUCCUCCAAACACGACGAGUUCAUCAUAGGUACACUUCAACUGUGAGAGACAGAAUGUGAAAAAAAAAAAAAAUCCAGGAUUUCACAUUGUAGGAAUUUUAAAGAAUUUAUUUGUAGAUUAUGGUGGAAAAUAAGUAUUUGGUCAACCAUUCAAAGCUCUCACUGAUGGAAGGAGGUUUUGGCUCAAAACCUCACGAUACACGGCCCCAUUCAUUCUUUCCUUAACACGGAUCAAUCGUCCUGUCCCCUUAACAGAAAAACAGCCCCAAAGCAUGAUGUUUCCACCCCCAUGCUUUGCAGUAGGUCUGGUGUUCUUGGUAUGCAACUUUAAAUGUCUAAACAACCUCGCGCCAACAUAUCUCUCCGACCUACUUCAGCCUUACUGCCCCACUCGAUCCCUAAGAUCAACCGAUCGGAAGAGUCCCAAAAACAAACAGGAAACACAAAAGGACUCAAAAAAACAAAAACAAUAUAUGAUCCGGGCGGCGGAUUAUAACAAAAAAGGUCUCUUUUUUUUUUUUCUACCAAGAAAAGUGCACGUGUUAUUAGUGAGAAUAUACUUAUUUUAAGGUAUUUUGGGGUUCAUUGAGGUUAGCUAAUUUUACUUGUUUUGGAAAGUCUUGACAAGCCGAUUUUUCUAGUUCCAUUGGCAGAUAAGUUUGCUUAGUUCAAAUAAAAUACCCCUCAUUUUUGUAUUUUUUUUUCUUGUUUUUGAACACUGACUUUUUGCAGUGAUACUAGCAGCUCAGGCAAAUCAUAUGGUCUAAAAAAUGCAUUUUCCCAUCGAUAACAUGACAUCAUCACGCCAAGUGCGUGCUCUUUCAGUCAAUUAGUGCGCACAUAUACAGCUCGGCCCCCCGGACAAAAUUUUUUUAAUUGUAAUUUUGAGGAAUUCAUCCGAAUGUGCAUAAACUAUUUAUGUUCAACAUUGUUUAAAAAGUCAAAUGUUUACUGUACUACUAUAUGAGUGGCAAUUUUCUCGUCUCAUUGAAAAUGAAACAGCAAAGUCAAUUUAGCUGUCAACUGUUAUAAUUAUGAGACACAAUUGUGUCAUAGUCAUGUUUUUUUUUUUUUACACACUCGAAAUAAGAAAUUAAUACUUAAAAAAAGUAUUUUUAUACUUGUUAGUAUUGACAAAUACGUAUUUGGUCAACCAUUCAAAGCUCUCACUGAUGGAAGGAGGUUUUGGCUCAAAAUCUCACGAUACAUGACCCCAUUCAUUCUUUCCUUAACACGGAUCAAUCGUCCUGUCCCCUUAGCAGAAAAACAGCCCCAAAGCAUGAUGUUUCCACCCCCAUGCUUCGCAGUAGGUAUGGUGCUCUUGGGAUGCAACUCAGUAUUCUUCUUCCACCAAACACGACGAGUUCAUCAUAGGUACACUUCAACUGUGAGAGACAGAAUGUGAAAAAAAAAUCCAGGAUUUCACAUUGUAGGAAUUUUAAAGAAUUUAUUUGUAAAUUAUGGGGGAAAAUAAGUAUUUGGUCAACUAUUCAAAGCUCUCACUGAUGGAAGGAGGUUUUGGCUCAAAAUCUCACGAUACAUGGCCCCAUUCAUUCUUUCCUUAACACGGAUCCAUCGUCCUGUCCCCUUAACAGAAAAACAGCCCCAAAGCAUGAUGUUUCCACCCCCAUGCUUCGCAGUAGGUCUGGUGUUCUUGGUAUGCAACUUUAAAUGUCUAAACAACCUCGGGCCAACAUAUCUCUCCGACCUACUUCAGCCUUACUGCCCCACUCGAUCCCUAAGAUCAACCGAUCGGAAGAGUCCCAAAAACAAACAGGAAACACAAAAGGACUCAAAAAAACAAAAACAAUAUAUGAUCCGGGCGGCGGAUUAUAACAAAAAAGGUCUCUUUUUUUUCUACCAAAAAAAGUGCACGUGUUAUUAGUGAGAAUAUACUUAUUUUAAAAGGUAUUUUUGGGUUCAUUGAGGUUAGCUAAUUUUACUUGUUUUGGAAAGUCUUGACAAGCCGAUUUUUCUUGUUCCAUUGGCAGAUAAGUUUGCUUAGUUCAAAUAAAAUAUCCCCUAAUUUUUCGAUUUUUUUUUCUUGUUUUUGAACACUGACUUUUUGCAGUGAUACUAGCAGCUCAGGCAAAUCAUAUGGUCUAAAAAAUGCAUUUUCCCAUCGAUAACAUGACAUCAUCACGCCAAGUGCGUGCUCUUUCAGUCAAUUAGUGCGCACAUAUACAGCCCGGCCCCCCGGACAAAAAAAUGUUUAAUUGUAAUUUUGAGGAAUUUAUCCGAAUGUUCAUAAACUAUUUAUGUUCAAAAUUGUUUAAAUGAUAAAUAAUAAAAUAAAUGGGUUGUACUUGUAUAGCGCUUUUCUACCUUCAAGGUACUCAAAGUGCUUUGACACUACUUCCACAUUUACCCAUUCACACACACAUUCACACACUGAUGGAGGGAGCUGCCAUGCAAGGCCCUAACCAGCACCCAUCAGGAGCAAGGAUAAAGUGUCUUGCUCAGGACACAACGGACGUGACGAGGUUGGUACUAGGUGGGGAUUGAACCAGGGACCUUCGGGUUGCGCGCGGCCAUUCUCCCAAUGCGCCACGCCGUCCCCGUUUAAAAAGUCAAAUGUUUACUGUACUACUAUAUGAGUGCCAAUUUUCUCGUCUCAUUGAAAAUGAACAGCAAAGUCAAUUUGGCUGUCAUCUGUUAUAAUUAUGAGACACAAUUGUUUCAUAGUCAUGAUUUUUUUUUUUUUUUACACACUCGAAAUAAGAAAUUAAUACUUAAAAAAAGUAGUUUUGUACUUGUUAGUAUUGACAAAUAAGUAUUUGGUCAACCAUUCAAAGCUCUCACUGAUGGAAGGUUUUUGCUCAAAAUCUCACGAUACAUGACCCCAUUCAUUCUUCCUUAACACGGAUCAAUCGUCCUGUCCCCUUAGCAGAAAAACAGCCCCAAAGCAUGAUGUUUCCACCCCCAUGCUUCGCAGUAGGUGUGGUGUUCUUGUUAUGCAACUUUAAAUGUCCAAACAACCUCUCGCCAACAUAUCUCUCCGACCUACUUCAGCCUUACUGCCCCACUCGAUCCCUAAGAUCAGCCGAUCGGCUGCUACUGACGGUCCCUGACACAAGGCUGAAGCUCAGAGCUGCUGCUCCCAAGCUCUGGAUUGACCUACCUCUGAGUGUUAGACAAGCCUCCUCUCUUCCUGUUUUUAAAUCUCUCUUAAAAACAUACUUUUAUUCCUUGGCUUUUAACACUAAGUGAUAUCCAUCCUGCAAUGGCGCCACAUUAUACGCCUGCUGUGAACCUGUUUUUAUGUUUUAUUUAUUUAUUUUUUAAUCAUGUUCUGUUUGUGUUGUGUCGUUUGCUCGGUCCUCGUAUUAUCUUCUAACCUGUCCAUUGUACAGCAGUUUGGCUACCCCUCUGGUAAAUUUUAAAUGUGCUUUAUAAAUAAAGUUGAUUUGAUUUGAUUCUUUCAAACACGACGAGUUGAGUUUAUACCAAAAUGGAUGAUACAGCAGAGCAUGGGUGUCAAACUCUGGCCCUUGUAAUUUAAUUUGGCCCUUGAGGCAAUAAUAAAUUAACAAUAGAGCUGGCCCGCCAGAAUUAUACAGUGGCGGUGCCGCUGUAUCACAGCAUUCAACGCUAAUUGACAUACUUGCCAACCCUCCAGAUUUUUACAGGAAAAUCCCGAAUUUCAGUGCCCCCACCCCCAAAAAAAAAAAUCUCCCGGGGCAACCAUUCUCCCGAAUUUCCACCCGGACAACAAUAUUGAGGGCGUGCCUAAAAGGUACUGCUUUUAGCAUCCUCUACAACCUGUCGUCACGUCCGCUUUUCCUCCAUACAAACAGCGUGCCGACCCAGUCACGUAAUAUAUGCGGCUUCCACACACACACACACACACAAGUGAAUGCAAGGCAUACUUGGUCAACAGCCAUACAGCUCACACUGAGGGUGGCCAUAUAAACAACUUUAACACUGUUACACCACACUGUGAACCCACACCAAACAAGAAUGACAAACACAUUUCGGGGGAACAUCCGCACCUUAACACAACAUAAACACAACAGAACAAAUACCCAGAACCCUUUGCAGCAUUAACUCUUCCAGGACGCUACCAGCAAAACUCGAUUUUGCAUGUCACUAUAAAGUUAUAUAAGCCUUGCUUGUUCAAUAUUCAAUGCAAAACUUGUUUGGGUCCCUAUUAAAAGGUUAAGUUGUUCAACUUUGGCCCUCGGCUUUGUUCAGUUUAGAAUUUUGGCCCACUUUGUUAUUGAGUUUGACACCCCUGCAGCAGAGGAUUGGGAGAAUGUCAUGUGGUCAGAUGAAACCAAAAUAGAACUUUUUGGUGUAAACUCAACUCGUCGUGUUUGGAGGAAGAAGUGAAGUGAAGUGAAGUGAAUUAUAUUUAUAUAGCGCUUUUUCUCUAGUGACUCAAAGCGCUUUACAUAGUGAAACCCAAUAUCUAAGUUACAUUCAAACCAGUGUGGGUGGCACUGGGAGCAUGUGGGUAAAGUGUCUUGCCCAAGGACACAACGGCAGUGACUAGGGUGGCGGAAGAAGAAUACUGAGUUGCAUCCCAAGAACACCAUACCUACUGUGAAGCACGGGGGUGGAAACAUCAUGCUUUGGGGCUGUUUUUCUGCUAAGGGGACAGGACGAUUGAUCCGUGUUAAGGAAAGAAUGAAUGGGGCCAUGUAUCGCGAGAUUUUGAGCCAAAACCUCCUUCCAUCAGUGAGAGCUUUGAAUGGUUGACCAAUUACUUAUCAUUUACCAUCAUUUACAAAUAAAUUCUUUAAAAUUCCGACAAUGUGAAUUCCUGGAUUUUUUUUUCACAUUCUGUCUCUCACAGUUGAAGUGUACCUAUGAUGAAAAAUACAGACCUCUGUCAUCAUUUUAAGUGGGAGAACUUGCACAAUCGGCGGCUGACGAAAUACUUUUUUGCCCCAUUGUAUAAACAGGGUUUAUGUCAUGUCUUGCAAAUGUCAGCAAAACAUGUUUUUCCAAACAAUUUCAGUAUGAGACCGUGUGCAUCUGUCUUCUCAAUAAAGAUACGAUUAAAGCAGA